UCUGCGUACAAGUGGAUGGUAUAUAAGGUAACCGGAGGGUGAGAUGUGGUACAUUAGUCGACGUUCGAUGCCGCGGACGUCGUCACGGAAUCAGCUGGACUGACGUUUUCCGGGUGAUAAUAGUGGAUGAUGUGAUAUUGGGGUGGGUUGACAUCGUCGUCUGGGGGUGGUUUUACUGGUAGAGGUGGACAGAUGAUGGAAUUCUGGUGGAUGACGUUGUCAUCGGCGUCUGGGAUUGUCGUUCAGCGGACGAACGGGAAUUCGUCGGCGGUUUUACGGUUCCGGGUCUGCGAGCGGUUGCCAGAGCUGCCGUUCAGGAGGUGGGGCAACUGCCAAUGUGACAGGCGGACUGGUCAAUCGUAUCGUCGGCUCGCCAACGGUGGGGUAAAGGGUGCCAGUGGAAGCAUCAACUUCACGAAUGGUGGGGUAAAGGGUGCGGGUGGAAGCGUCAACUUCGCGGAAAUAACUGGUGCCGACGUGACGAGGAUUGAGACAAUCGGUGAAGGGGUUGAAACGGUGUCUGGGGGGGAUAAAAUACGAGGGAAAGACUAUUACAGAUGCGGUGCUCCGGGGGGGCGGCUCGCGGUGGGGUGACGCGAUGCGGACGCGCCCCUCCUGGACGAGUCCUAUCGGCAGGUGUGAGAAGAUCUCGUCCAGGUCGGCAAUCGCCGAUAAAAUUAAACUCAUCAUCAUCAUCAUGUCCAUCAUCAAUUAUGGAGAUGCUGAUGGGUCCCAACAGCAUCAGUCCCACCAAUCGAUUCACACACAGCAACAACAACAACUCAAAUACAGCACUCGACAGGUUAAAACGCGAUACGGCACGUUGCGGGGAAUUGUCGCUCGAUCAGCUAUCGGUGAAGGGGUUGAGGUGUAUCUGGGGGUGCCGUAUGCAACACCACCACUCGGUGCAUUACGAUUUAUGCCACCGGUUACACCUACUCAAUGGCGGGGUACAAGACUCGCUGAUAAUAUGCCAUCCCCGUGCCCGCAGAAGGUACCAGGUGUCAGUGAUCCGACGAUAUCGAGACACCGACGCGAUUACAUCGAGAGGAUUACACCCCUCCUCGUUAAUCAGAGCGAGGACUGCCUUUAUCUUAAUCUUUACGUGCCACGGACACACAGCAGUAGCACGGAAUUGCUGCCAGCAGUGCUCCUCAUCCACGGGGACUCGUACACGUGGGGGACGGGGAAUUCGUUGGACGGCACUGCCCUCGCCGCGCACGGGAGGAUCAUCGUAGUAUCUAUUAAUUUUCGUCUCGGGGUGCUAGGUUUCCUCAAAACGAGCACGAAAGGUAGUGCCCAGGGUAAUUAUGGCCUUAUGGAUCUGGUUGCUGGCCUCCACUGGCUCCGGGAGAACGUCGGGGCCUUUGGCGGUGAUCCAGAGCGUUUGAGUGUCCUUGGUCAUGGUACUGGCGCAGCGUUGGCAAACUUUUUGGCUGUCUCACCAAUGGCUAAAGAGCUUGUCGAACGUGUCGUACUCCUGGGGGGGUCUGCACUGUCACCCUGGGCCAUUCAACGUGAUCCACUGGGAAUUAAAAAACGAGUAGCUGAGCAGAGUCGAUGCGAUGGUAACGUCGAAGCUGAUGAUAUCGCUAGUUGUCUCAGGACGAGGAGUGUGAAGGAACUCUUGGCUGUUAAACUGGACACCCCGAGGUUCACUUCCGGUUUUGCACCAUUUGCUGACGGGGCUGUUCUACCUCUGGCUGCGAUGCAGACUGCCCAACCCACUGCCUCAUCAGCUGGAGUUUUACCCUUAGUACCUGGCCCUGGGGGAGAAUUUGCUACUCUUGGUGAUCGUGAUUUAUUGAUAGGGCUGACAACCAACGAGGCCUGGCUGGAUUUAAGCGAGGAUGACAUGAAAAACGGACUCAACGAGAGCCGACGGGACCGCAUCCUCCGGACAUUCGUCCGCAACACGUAUCGCUACCACCUCAACGAGAUAUACUCAACCCUUCGAAAUGAAUACACGGACUGGGAGCGCAGUGAGCAGAGUCCCGCCGCCAUUCGCGACGGCCUCCUAUCACUUCUCGGCGAUGGCCAAGUGGCAGCUCCACUCCUCAAGCUAGCCUCCCUUCACUCAACAUCUGGUGGUCGUGGUUUUUUCCUUCACUUUCAACCCGGCGAUCGUCCCAGUCAACGAGGCGAAGAGCUUCCAUAUCUACUCGGCAUUCCAUUACUCCGGAAUGAGCCCAAUCGAUACAAUGACCUUGAGAAUUUUACCCUUGAGGAUGAGAAUCUCUCCAGGAUGCUUGUACGAUAUCUUUCCAACUUCGUUCGGCGAGGCGAUCCAAACGAGGGUCACGCCGACGCCCUGACGAAGAUCACUCCAUUCUGGGACUCGUACGACUCAAUAAACCAGUUAUACCUCGAAGCGAGUAAAUCACCGGAGAUGCGUUCCCAUUAUCGUGGCCACAAAAUGGCCCUGUGGUUGAAUUUACUACCCCAGCUUCAUCGUCCAGGUUACGAGAUCAGUAUGCGCCAUCACCACCUGGCGGACAAUCCGCGCAUGUACGAGGGCGCUGUCAGACAGCAGACAAUGGCACUGCCCCUUCCCCCACCCCCUCUAACUGCCCCAAUGCCAACGGAAGCCUCAAUGUCAUCGCCGAAGUCCAUGAGCCCAGUGACAACUGAAUGCACAUCAAAUACAUCAUCACUACCCCUGACAACAUCAUCAACGUAUCCAACGAUUUAUCCAACUCAGCAGGCCCAUCCAAAAUUGUCACCAGGUCCGAACAAUCUUCUCCGUAAAUUCGCCUCGAAUCACUACCAGAGCUACACAACUGCCCUAACGGUGACGAUAGCAGUUGGAAUAUUUCUCCUCCUCCUGAACAUCCUGAUAUUCGCUGGUAUCUACCAUCAGCGAGACAGGAAUGCAGCAGCAGCAGCUGCUGCGGCAGCUGCAGCGGUGGCCGCGGCAACGACAUCUUCAUCAAACUCAUCAUCCUCGAUGAAGAGCUACCUGGAGCACAAGAAGAAGGAGCAACUCCUGGAGGCCGGCUGCUCCGGCGAUCACUCUGGGAGUGGAAAACUGUCGAGGCUCUCCUCCUUCAUCAUGACUGACUCCAUAACCUCAAGUCCACCCCACAAGCACAAACUCGCCGAAGAACUUGAACUCCAACUCCAGGAGUUCCAGUGCUCACCACCUCCUUGCGGCAAACGAAUGUCGCUGGAUCCGCCGUCGUACGUCACGAGAAGUCCCGCCAAACGCAGCCGGACGCCAUCGCCGUGUGUAGAUGUCGCUGCGAAGGAUAACGAACUCGAGGCACAUGAUCCGGGGAUUCCCCCGGUUGACGACGACUACGACGACGAAUAUCUCCCAGAACCACCGCCACCUCCCAAGGUACCGGCGCCCAUCGUAUGUCCGGGGAUACUGCGACAACCGGGAACCCCCGGGAGUGCGAAAAAACGAGUGCAGAUUCAGGAGAUAUCGGUGUGAACAAUAUUAGAAUCAAAGAGGAUUGACUAAAGGAGAGGUUCAGCUCUGGGGGUGUGAGUGAACCCAGCGGCGUCGUAGUACCUCAUCCCCGGAGGGGGAGGGGGCGACGGGGAAUGCUGGGGUGUUAAGGUGUGAUAUAGGGAGGUAUUGUCAAACUUUGAUGUCACCGACACGAAAACAGGGGGUAAUUUCUGCGGUGGAGUGUUCAAAUCUCGGCGAAGGUGCUCAAUGGGGAACUUGCAUGAUUUAAAAAAAUUUUUUUUUACAUAGUUAAUGGUCCUAAUAAUAGAUUUUUCAUGAAAAAACAUUUUAAAAAUCGUUUAACUAUUAAUUAUCGAUUGUUCAAAAAGUGAAAGUUUCAAAUGCUCCACAAGUUGUCAUGACGUCAUCAAGCGGGUCCUAUACUUCUGCAUGUGGCCCCAUCUACCGGAUCAUAGAUUCCUACCGUCGGUAUAUCAAAUUAACCUAACUUUGACUGAUUAAAACACUCGCAAAUACUCCAAAAUGUCAAAUGACAGUAAAAAAUUUAAAAAACAACCAUACAAAUAUUGUUUUGUACCAUCGUGUGCGAACUCAACUGUGUCAACACCGAAUAAAGUGUUUAUAACAGUUCCUGCGUGCAAAAAUAUUCGAAAAUUGUGGUGUGAAGCCGCAGGUUAUUCUCACCCAUUACUGGGCAGAAAUGACAUUUAACAAUAUAACCUCUACUGUUUGUUGAAACCGGCUGACGUUUAGAAAAAUAUCAGUGCUGUCAUCUAGCGGCUGCAAUAAGAACCCGGAGUCACCGCCUGAUGACGUCACGAGCGUUAAAACAUGGUUCAAAAUUAUGCAAUUUUCGAUUGAUUGUUAAAAAAAAACUGCAAUGAGUUAGAAUGCAUUUGUCAUUGGAGAGUAUUCCAUAGGCGUUAAACUAUUUAUUAAUACAUUUAUUUCUCAAAUCUGGGCCGCAUGCAAGUUCCCCAUUUUUUUUUGCAAUUUCUCGCAAAAAAUGGUUGGUAUGCAAAUCGGAAAAUUAUAAAGAAAAAUAUGGGUGAGAAAUGAUGGAUGAUGAUUUUUUGAGAAUCUAUUCAUCACUUCAUACAUUCUCGCUCACGAUUUUCCAUUUUCGCACGAAUAAAGUAUUUACAGGGAGACGCUUUCGACGUCACAUAAGAGGUAGAGUCAUCGACGCGUUUUAUUUGAAGUGGUAUUCCUCGUGUGUCUAAUCCACUAAGUCGAGGGAUGGAUAAUCGUUAUGAUUUGCAAACUUGGAAGCGUAAAGAAAUAUUAUGAGUGUGAAUAAGUCUUUCCCGUUUUUUUCAAAUUUUGAGCCUUUAUUGUGAAAAAAUGGUUACAAAUGAAUUAUUGAAAGUAUUGGUCAUCGUCUUCUUGCGUUUGACACGAAUAUUCAUCAAGCAAAGUCGUCAAUUCUUGAUCUUCAAAGAUUUGCGGCCGCCCGGAACGCUCCUUGUCUUCCACGUCGAAAUCACCACUUUUGAAGCGUCGAAACCAUCCGCGAACACUUGAAUCAUCGACACAACCUUCUCCAUAAGCUUCCUGAAGCAAUCGAUGCGCCUCGGCAGCAGAUUUCUUCAAAUUGAACCAAUAAAGUGAAACUUCCCGCAAAUGACGUCGACUCGGCUCAAAUUUCGACAUUUUCACGAUAUCAAAAAUUUAUGAUGCGAAAAAAUUUCAACUAAUGUGUUAGUGUGGAAUUGUUGACAGAUGAAUAAGCUUUGAUUAUGACAUAUGUAACCAUUGAAUACUUGCACAGUAUUGGUGGCGGCAUCUCUUACAAAAAACGGGAAAGACUUAUUCACACACCUUAUAAAUAACGUGAAAAACAUGUGAGUCCUAUCACCUACUACUCUCAACUUACCAAUAACCAUUGCAUCAGAAUAGAAAAUAUAUUGAAGAUCGUAGAACACAAUCGUCGAGGGCUUGAAGACCCAAUCGAGCUCGGGGAACCCAUCUUGAUGAUUAUUGUGGUCCUUGAAUUGGUGAGUCUUAGCGGAAACAGUGGAUCGUUUAUUAGAUAUGUCGAAAAAUGAGUCAAGUUGAAGGUUCCCACCUGUUUUUAAAUUCAUGAUCAUGCAUUUGACCAAUUUCAACCUCACGAUCAUGAAUUUAAAAUUGGUAGGAAGGUUGAACUUGUUGUUUGUAAAAAAAUUUUUUACAUUUUUCCGUAUCUUUUAAAAUCAUUUUGCAUUUUAAAAAAUAAUCUCAGCAGCACCGAAUGGCUUAGAACACUGGGGAUGACCAGGAGUUGAGGAGAAAGUGAAAGUGACCGCCGCGCGCCCUCGUGGCGAUUGCGAGACCUUGUCCCCUGUUUCUCACUUGACAAUACCUCCCUAAAUCAUACCUUAUGGGGUAUCAGGUCGUCAGUCGACUCAAGAAUUCUUGGUAGCACUGAAGUUGUUCCAGGGACUAGUGGAAAGGGGGGUUUAGUCCCAAAGAGGAUUGACUGAAGUAGAGGCCCAGUUCUGGGGGUUUGAGUGACCCCAGCGGCGUCGGGGUGCCUCACCCCCGGAGAGGGAGGGGGUGAGGCAUCACUAGGUGAAGCUUUCGACUAUGCUGUACCUCGCAAUUGCAUACCAGCAUUUGUUUUGUCUCAUUCAUCGGCUUGCUCUUUUUGAUGUUUCAAGUUUUUCCACAUUCAUACUGUCAAUUGUUUGGCUGUCGUGUUUAUUUAUCCUCGCAUCCUCAUAUGAGAACACGUGUGGACCUACAUUUUUUAAGUGGAUUCAGAACCACUGAAACCAAAAAAAAAUAUAUUUAUUAAAUUUCGUCAAUUGUAACGAACUGAAAAAUGAACAAGUGGCAGUUUUUCUGUGCCACCGAGGUCUAGAAAGAAACGCUGUGAUUGGCUCGGUACCGUGAAAUCGGGGAAUUCCCGGAGUAAAGAAGUGUUGGUAAUAUAAUACUGUAAAUAUUGGGACUCAUAACCUUCAAGUGGGGUCAAGGUCCCCUGGGGCGCUGGUGAUGAUCAUGGGGAGUCGGGAUCCCUAGUAGGAGAUGACUAACGGCCAACAGUGGGCCGAGGCUCGGCCCGUAUUGGCCGACACUGGGCCAGUAUCGGCCGAUUGUCGGCCAGUUCUCAUCUCCUACGUGGGAUGUAGUGACAUAGGGUUAUCAAUUU